AUGUCCAUGGAAGAAGAGAUCACGAAGAGAUGGAGCUCCCUGAAACUUACAAAGACAGAACAACAGGAGCUGCUUUUACCGAAGGAAGACAUAUUGUCUUCCAAGCUGAGAGGCCACUCAUGCCUCCUAGCUUCUAUACUAAAAGACAGAACGUCGAACCGAGAAGCAUUCAAGAACACCAUGGCCAAGGUAUGGAACACGUCCGGGUGGAUAACCUUCAAAGAGUUUGGCCCCAACAAGUUUCUACUGGAGUUCCAACUCCUGUCCGACAAAAAGAAGGUCCUGCAUGGCAGGCCCUGGUCCUUCGACCACCAUCUGGUAUGCCUCAAGGAGUUUGAGAGUGAUUUGUCUCACUCUGAAGUCGAGUUCAAGUCAGAACCCUUUUGGGUACAAGCUCACAAUCUCUCCUUCGCAGGUAUGAACAGACAACUGGGAGUAAGGAUAGGGAAAGCAAUUGAUAAGGUCCAUACGGUGGAAGUAGAUGAUCAGGGCCAUGGGUGGGGAAGCUACCUAAGAUUUAAAGUCGACGUGGAUGUAAACAAGCCUCUGGUGCGUGGCAGGAUGGUAAACUUGGGAGGCAAACAAUCCUGGUCACAUUUCAAGUACGAGAGGUUGCCCAACUUCUGCUUCAAAUGCGGCCUACUCAAACAUGUCAAUGGAAAAUGUCCCAAUUUUGAUCCAUCAAACCAAUCCCAAGAUCAGUACGGGCAAUGGAUGAGAGCUUCCAGUUCAUUCCCACUCCAAGUUUCUGUGAAGAAGUAUGGAGGGUGCCCGGCAAACCCAUCUCAGGGAUCCCCUCACCGGAAGCAGUCAGGGAGAGAGGGGGAAGAGAUGGAGGACCAUGUGAUGUCACACUCAGAAGAAGUGGUUGAGGAGGCAAGGCAGGACACCCCUGCCUGUGUCAACACCUCAAAACACUCUCGGGCUAUCCCUAGAUAG